AAAACCAUAUUUACAUGCAUGCUUCAUUAAUGUCUAGUGCUACUGUUAGAAAAAUUGAACUACGUGCUUUCUGUGUAAUAGAAUUUCCAAAAUAUUCAAUUGUCGUUCGUCAAGAUCCUGCCCGUUUAAUUUCCUUCAAGAAGACGCGAUAAAGUGUGUAAUUAUUUAUUGGUACAGUGAACAGUAUUGUAAUUAUAUUUUCAGAAAUUUUAAUAAAUUAAUGUGAAUUAAGGAAUAGACGUCACAUUCUAAAAACAAGUAUUUUCUGUCAAGAUAAGUGCACGUGCAAUUGUGUAGGUACUAUAAGAACUAUAGAACAAUGUUGAGGAUCCCAAAUUUAUCUAGAAAAUUUUGUUCCCGUCCACUGGGACUACAACUGUUUUUGAAAUAUCGCAACAGUAAUUUUGAAAGAAGCAUAACAACUGUCCCUACACAUUACAAAUUAAAUGCAUCUCCUCAAGAGUCUAUUAAAUUUCAAGAAGAUCAGGUUAUCAAUGGUUUCAUAGUGAAUGAAAUUGCAAAUGUAGAUGAAAUACAAUUGACUGCAGUGAGAUUAACUCAUUUGGGUAGCGGAGCUCAGUAUCUGCAUUUAGCCAGAGACGAUAGUAACAAUGUCUUUUCUGUUGGAUUUCGCACAACUCCAAUGGAUUCUACAGGAUUGCCUCACAUUUUGGAACACAUCACUCUUUGUGGCAGUGAGAGAUAUCCAUGCAGAGAUCCAUUCUUUAGAAUGCUGAGACGAUCAUUAGCUACCUUUAUGAAUGCUAUGACAGGACCUGAUUAUACGAUAUAUCCAUUUUCUACACAAAACUUGAAGGAUUACCAAAAUUUACAGUCUGUAUAUCUGGACUCAGUAUUUAAACCAAAUUUGCGAGAACUUGAUUUUAGACAAGAAGGUUGGAGAUUGGAACAUACAGAUGUUAAUGAUAAAAAUUCACCGAUAAUAUUCAAAGGAGUGGUUUUUAAUGAAAUGAAAGGUGUUUUCAACGAAAAUCAAGCUAUAUUAGCAGAACGAUUAUUGAAUAGUAUCUUACCUAGUCAUACAUACUCAGUAAUUUCUGGAGGGGACCCUCUUGUAAUUCCUAAUCUAAGACACAUUGAUUUGAUCAAUUUCCAUCAAACUUAUUAUCAUCCAUCGAAUAGUAGAUUCUAUUCGUAUGGCAACUUUCCUUUAGAAGAUCAUUUAAAAUUUAUUAAUGACCGAUAUUUAUUUUUAUCAAAUAAAAUUGAUAGAUCUAUGUCGGUAGUUCCUUCGGAGAAACGUUGGGAAGAAGCAAGAAAAGAACAUAUUUCAUGUAGACCAGAUCCUAUGGCUGCAAAUCCUGAUCGGCAAGGCACUAUAGCUAUAGGUUACUUGUGCAAUGAUAUAAUUGACACGCAAAAAACUUUCGAGAUGUAUCUCUUAUCUCAGCUUCUUUUGAGCGGUCCAAAAUCGGAAUUUUAUAAAUCGUUGGUGGAAUCAAAUUUAGGAGUUGCUUUUGGACCAAUGACUGGUUAUGAUCCUCAUUGUAAAGAUACAAUGUUUGCUUUGAGUUUACUCGGUAUUCAGAAAGAAAAUUUUGAGAAAGUAGAACACGUCUUUCAUGAAACUCUACAAAAUGUUAUUGAGAAGGGUUUUGAAAAAAAUCGAAUCGAAGCCGUUUUACACAGCAUUGAACUUCACAGAAAACAUCAAACUUCUAAUUUUGGAUUACAGUUACUUUUCAAUUUAACACCGUUAUGGAAUCACGAUGGUGACCUCAUAAAAUCGAUGAGAAUUAAUGAGGCAAUCGGAAAUUUCCGGCAAAAAAUGGAAAGAAAUCCCAAGUAUCUUCAAGAAUUCGUAAAAACAUACUUCAUGGAUAACACUCAUAGAAUUACUUUAACAAUGCUUCCAAAUGAACGAUACGAUCACGAAAAAACGACCGCUGAACGCGAAUUAUUAGAAUCUAAAUUAAAGCAACUCUCCAAGGAAGAUUUAGAUCAGAUUUAUGUUGAGGGACAAGAAUUACUUAAAGAACAACAAAAGAAGGAGGAUCUAACUGUUCUUCCUACUUUAAAAAUUGAGGAUAUAAAAACGGAUGUAGAACGAUGUAACUUCAUUGAUACAAUAGUAGCUGAUAUUCCAUUACAAGUAGCUAUUGAGCCAACAAAUAACGUUUGUUAUUAUCGUGGAAUUCUAAAUACACAAGGGCUAAGUACAGAAUUGAAGAAUUUGUUACCGCUUUUUAAUGAUAUCAUCACGAAAAUGGGAACAGAAAACUAUGAUUACAGAAAUUUUGAUGAGAUAAUACGAUUGAAAACUGGAGGUUUAAAUUUUUCGAGUCACGUUGUAGAGCAUAAGAGUAAUUUAUCUCAAUAUGAGGAAGGAGUAAUAAUAGAGUCGUAUUGUUUGGACCGUAAUGUAAACGAUAUGUGGAAACUAUGGUUGGAAGUGUUCAACAAUGUGAAAUUGUCUGAUCUCCGGAGAUUUGAAACGCUUAUUAAAACAUCUGCAGCAAAUUUAGUAAAUGGAAUUGCGGACUCCGGGCAUGUUUAUGCUAUGAGCACUGCAGCGAGUUUAGUUUCACCAGUUACAAAAUUCAAGGAAACUAUAUCAGGAUUACAAUAUGUUUCUAGAAUGAAAAAGAUUGCUCAAUUGCAAGACUUAAGUUUCAUAUUCCAGAAAAUGCAAGAGAUAUCUGCACAAAUUUUGAACAAACAACACUUAAGAUCAGCCAUAAAUUUAUCUGAGACUAACAAGGACAGUAUUUUAAAUAGUAUCGAAGAAUUUUAUAGAUCAUUGAAGGGUACAUCUAAAGAUCCAUAUAUUUACACACAUGAUCAGAGUGUUGAGACAGGAGAAAGUGCUAUCCAUUAUGUAUUACCAUAUACAGUAAAUUAUGCAGCAAAAGCAAUAUUAACUGUGCCAUAUACAGACUCCGAUUAUGCACCAUUGCAAGUCCUUUCUAAAUUAAUUUCAUCAAUUUAUUUACAUCCAGAAAUUCGCGAAAAGGGUGGCGCUUAUGGCGGCGGUGCAAAAAUAUCAUCUGAUGGAGUCUUCACAUUUUACUCUUACAGAGAUCCUAAUUCCACUCGCACGUUAGACUUGUUCGAUAGAACGUAUGAUUUCUUAUCAAAGUAUUCGAUUUCUCAAAGUGAUAUCGAUGAAGCAAAAUUAGGUGUAUUCCAACGUAUCGAUGUUCCAAUUCCUCCGAGUAAUCGCGGCAUGAUUAAAUUCAUACAGAACAUCACGGAUGACGAUAUUCAAAACUAUCGACAACAACUGAAAGCUGUGACUAAAGAUCAACUCGUGUAUGUUGCCGAAAAAUACUUAGAACCUGGUCAAAAGAAUAUUAGAGUAGGACGUGCACUAAUUGGAUCAGAUAAUUCGGAUUUAUUGAAUAGGCAUUCGGAAAAUUGGAUAAUUCAAAAUCAAGAUGAAGAUGCUCAAGCGAGAGCAAUGGAAUAAACAUUUCGGGAAGAUAUUUGUCGAUGUUACUCGCUAUAAUCAAUUUAUUGUUGCAUGUAUAUUGUAGAGUAAUGUUAGGAGAUGUUAAUUGGAUAAUGUAAUUUGUGUACAAUAAAUUAUAU